UACGGAGUCUGAUAGUAAUAAUGUUGUUCGCUAGCCUCGUGUUCGAAAGAGUAAACAAUCGGUGAAGUUGUUGUCGUCUGGUUGUAGUUAUGAGUUUAUCGGUUCAUCAUGAAUGAAUUACUCUUUUUCGACACCUUUUCCCAUGAAGCCAGUGACAAAGUACAGCUUGAUUUAGUGCAGUUCCCCAGACCAGUACAAGUGACUGAGAUCAGAGCCAUACCACUGGGAGCAAGAGUUCAAGCUGAUUUUCCUGGUGGUGUACGUCUUGGAGCUACAAAUCCAAGUCAGUUUGAAAUAGAAUUUUUUGUCAAUGAUCUAAGCAAACGUGGAGCAGGAACUUUUGAAAGUGUAGGCUCAUUACAAUACAAUCAACAUGGAAACAUUCAAAUGGAUUUUGAAAAGAAGGUUCCAACAGAUGGCCUGCUUCUCAGAGGUAACUACAAUGCUAUUACCCUUGCUGUUUAUGGUCACUUGACUAAAGUCCAGCGUGAACCAUCACCUCCCAAGUCUACAAAACGGAGCGAGGUUGUACCCCAGCCACCUCCGGAAAAGGUCAACACACAUGAACGCAUAAGGGAUUGGUUGGAAGAUACUCAAGAAUGUCGCAAGCAGCAGCCAUUUUCUCAUGAUCCUUCAGAGGAUGCCCAGCCAGAAUGGGAAACCAAGCCUCCAAGGUCACCUCUAGAAUAUGACGAAUCGAAGCAGUGGCCUGACGAACGUAUAGAGUUCAAUAGGGAGCACGAGCGGGAGAGAGAAAGAGAGCAGAGAACCAGCCGUGGGGAGAACAGGGAAAGAGAGAGGGAUAGGGAAAGAGAAAGAGAGAGAGAAAGGGAAAGAGGGGAGAGAGAUAACAGAGAUAGAGAAAGGCGAAGAUCAGCUGAAAGAUCAAGGAGCAGAGACAGGUCUUGGGAGCGAAGUGAAAGAAGCAGCUCAAGAAGGGAAUCUAGGAGGGACAGUGGCAGAGACGGAGAGCAUGAAAGGGAGAGAGAACGUGAAAGAGACUUUGAUCGUGAUAGGGAUAGAGAAAGGGACUAUGAUAGAGAUAGAGACCGCUCUAGAGAUAGGGAAAAAGAAAAGAGCAGAGAUAAGGAGAAGGAUAGGGAGAGAGACAGAGAGCGAGACCGAUACAGAGACAGAGAUAGAGAUAGAGACAGAGACAGGGACCGAGAACAACGUCACAGCCGGGAGAGUAGGGAGCGAGUGGAAGAGGAACGCCAACCCACGCAGGAACCACCAUCGUCCAGAGGAAGACGAAGCAUCGAGGACGAAAGGCACUCGGAGAGAUCAGACAAAUCUGCUCGACGCCCUCGUACACCUCAUGAUGUUCAACCACAUCCUGUAUCACCCUUCCAUGGGGACAACUUUAGUGAAGACGCAAACCAUGGAGGAACUACUCGAGACUUCCAUGAAAGAGAAACUCGGGAAGAUCCAAAUAUCUCAGCAGUCCCUCGAGAUGUGCGUGAUAGAGAGUCACGAGAAGAAGCAACUCGCAGUGGUACACCUCGAGAACUUCGGGAGAGGGAGGUUCGUGAGGCACAGGAAAAGGAAAGAGACUUUGAACCUGCGGAACCCCAAAGUGUUCUCCCCCCAUUGCCCACUGAGGACAUGGAGGCCAUUAGUGAUGAUGAAGAGCUUCCAGAUCUCCCUCCUGAUAAUACAGAAAUGGAAGAAGAAUACCCACCUGAAGGGUGUAUGGAUGAAAUCUGCAUUGAUGAGGCACCGCCAGAUAUAGGGGUUGAUGAUUAUGAAGAGAUUAUGAGUGACGAAGAAGAUUUGCCCGAAGACCAGUACGAGGAAGAAUGGUUUGUUGAAGAAUGGGAAGACUGGCUGAAACCUUUCACACCUAGCCAUUUCCAGAUGGGGGAGCUUGGCUACUUGCUCAGCCCAACUCUUACUGAUUUCCAGAUAGAGUACCAACAUUGGAAAACAAGGUUUGAAACUGAAGGGCAAGAAAUGGAAGAUGAACCUUCUCAGGCACCCAAGCUUGAGAGCUUAUUAGCAGAGGUCCCAAUUCCCUUAGAAAUGCCCGAAGAAAAUAUCUUGGAAACAGACUCGGGAGAAGCUAGGGAGGAAGCUGGAGAAAAGUGGGUUCAGAGUGUAGAGCAUGUCUGUCAGAUUUUAUCUAAAGGACUUCCAUAUCUUUUGGCAAAAAAUGGAGAUGCAGUACUUGACACAAUUUGUGAUUGGAUUGAUGUAGGAGUAAAUUUUGACAGAGCUCUUGCACAGCAGCAGCCAGUGUACAAGAUUCGCCAUGUAAAGGCUGGGGUACGCCUAACGCAGUUAAUGCUGCAGUGUUCUGAUGAAAUUACUAAAGUGCUUUUGGACCGUAACAUCAUGGACAAGCUGAAGGCGCUCUAUUAUCAACCUCACAUGGCACUUUCCAUCAAGUUACUUAUUUUGAAAACAUUUGAUUCAGUCACCAGGACUCCCAUGGGUCUGAGAUAUUACUUAGGAAUAGCUGAUGACAAGUGUGAAGAAAGAGGCAGGAACUGGUAUGAAAUUAUCUUGGAGAUGCUUACUGAUGUCCAGCAGACCAGAGCUAAAGUAGCAUUAUCAGCUAUCAUAAGAAAAGUUCACAUCCUUGAAGUAUGUCAGAACCUCAUGGAAAGCACAAAGAUGUUGCUGAAUCACUUGCCCAACUUGGAGGAGGAAUUGAAAGGAAAUGAUGAACUUAAUCCAGAAGAAGAUUCUAUGGAUAUGGACGAAGUAGAUGGCCGUAUUGACCUCCCACCCAAUUGGAGUGCGACCAUACCCGAUUCCCUCAUUGAUGCUAUCAAUUCUUGUCUGCAGGAAAUAUUAAAAGUGCACAAAUAUGCAGAUCAACUUUUGGCUCAGCCACAUAGGUGGCUUCCAGGGUCCAAGCAGUUCCAGCUUCCCAAGAACCCCCAUGAUCCUUAUCCACAACUCUAUGUAAUUUUCGACUGUGGAGAUCUCUUAACAUCUCUAAUGGUGCUUUUAGGAGGUUUGGGCACUGUGCAGAGUGGUGCAUUGAUUGGCGGGAUCAAGAGUCUUCUUGACAGCCUCAUGUCUUCUGCACACGGUCUCAGCUAUAUGGCUUCAUAUCCCUUCAAUAUCACAAAUAUUGCAAGGAGCUUAUUACAGCUGGGAGAGGAUGGGCGCGAUGAUAGCAGCGACAGUGAAGAAAACCCUCUUCAUAUGGUUGGACUGAAGAUGGUUUAUACAUUCCAUGCUAUGAUGCAGCUGGAUUCUUUGGCUCUCCUGGCUUCAUCACACAACACAGAUUACUCUCAAGCAGUUGCACACUUUAAUAGCCUGACAUCUUUGCUCCUUACAUGUGUUGGUCGCCAUGCUGUUAUUGCCCUUCUUAGUGUUGGCAGGAACUUGGAAAUUUUGUUCCCUUAUUUAAAACUUGGAGCGGGAGAUGACCAAGACAACGCUCCCACAAGGAUAGCCUGCUUUGGCUAUGCAGUUGAACUUGUGAAUUUGACGGUAAAGUUCUCAGAAAAUGUUGAGAUGUUGGAACAGUAUGGUGAAAAAAUACUGGAGCUUGUGGACCUUGAGGAAGCACGGGAGGGCCCCAAAUUGGAUGAGCAUGCUAAGUUUUGUGAAAUAGUUCCUUGGUUAUCAAUCACAAAAUCAGCUGAAAACUUUACAUAUGAUAAUCUGUCUACCUUAUCAAAUAAUCUUAAGGAACACAUAGAGAAACUUGACAAGUUUUCAGGUGAAUUAGUGACUCAUUUAAGAAUAAUUCAGCAUCUAACAGUGCCAAAAUAUCCUGUGUCAGAUUUAUUACCAGAAGAUCAUAAUGGUGAACUGAUAGAAGAAUUAAAGUAUAAAUAUGCUACAGUUCAACUGUUUUCAGCGGACUGUCAUACGCAUCUAACCAAUCUGUUAUCUAAACUGUGCUCAAUGUACUCCCAACCAUCUGUACAUGGAUCAGAUUUUAUGGGUUCAGAAGGGGUAAUGGUUCUCGCAGUUAUUCAGCCAACCCUGAAACUUCUGAAGAAUAUUUUAACAUAUGUCAUCCAAGCUAGAAAUACAAACUUCAAAGAUUUGACUGCCAUUGUUCCUCUAGUGCAGACAUAUCUUUUACUGCAGUCCUUUCCAUUGGGAUCACAGUAUAUCUCUCAGGCUCAGGAACUACAACAGGAAGUGAUUAGUAUAUUGCUCGUGUAUACUCAGCCAGUGUACUCUGAAACGGAGGGAGAGGAAGUACUAGCCAAAAGUCUUUGGACCAAAAUGAUGUCAGAGGUGUUCAAGUAUUUGCUGACAGGGCCUCAUACUUUCAUGGGAGUAAUUAACUUAGUAAUAGAACUCUUACCUCUACCUUUGCCAAUCCAAACACGUGUGCCACUUUCUGAAGAGGAAUCAUCUCAGAUAAUCAAUUUGCGCAAACUGUGGAGUGCUCACCUAUAUUGUUUGUCAUCCAACAUUCAUGAAAUAAUUAUGCGGUUGGGCCUAGCAAGUUAUCCACCAUUAAUGCACCUGCUGAGACGGAUGUGUGUUGCUCUGUCAGACUUGGCAGCCCCUAUGGCCCUUCUUGUGGCUCGUGCAACUCUAGAUCUCGUUCUUCAGUCACAUCGUUUAGACCAGCGGGCUUCAGGUGAAGAUUUUGGACCUUGCUCACUGCAGACAGUGCGUGUUCUGAACAUGUUAGCUUUGUUGGUGUCCCAUGCUCCUACAAAGGCAGCCAUACUGCAUCUGUUGCGAGGUGGUUCCCCAACUCUGGCAGCAGCAACAGCCAAAACUGAAGAUAAAUAUUCUGGGCUAGUUGCGCUAUGGUGUCGUAUUCUGAAUGUAGCUGCAAGUGGGUCUCAUGCUCAUGUUCAAGCCCAAGAGUGUUUAGUGACAAUAAUUCAGUAUCUCUGUGAUCACGAAAAUGCAAUGCAUGUAACACAAGAUUGUAACUUGCAAGAUGGGAAUGUACAAAGUGUUAAUGCAGGUCCAACUCUAAUAACAUUAAGUGGAGUACCCAACAAAGAUACACUGGUACCUAUAGUUGAAGCUUUGAUAGACCAUCUUCGGAACCUCCACAGUCCUCAUCAGUCAAUACAGCAAGUACUCAGAGCACUGAUGAGACUAAUGGAGCAUGAUUACGGGUUUUAUCACAUUAAAAGUGUAAUGGAGAAAAAGAGAGCUUGUCUGAUCAGCCUUUUCAAGAGGCUCAGCUCAUCAUUCAGGAAAGAAUCUCAAGAAUAUAUAACAUCUCUUCAGGGUGCUCUUGAGUUUUGUCAGCUUCUUAUCGAAACAGAUGAAUCUUCUCAUGUGUCCCGAACUUUGCUUGUUACACCAUCAGAAUUAGCCAGUUACAUUGGCUGGAAGCUAGGCGGUCUUGAAAUGCAGUAUUCCAAAUAUUCUCAGGAAAAGAAAGAAAUAAUUAAGAAAGAAGAAAAGGAGAAAGAGAAGGUUGUGAAAGAGGAACCAGCAGAAGACCCUGCUCCUGCUGCCACAGCUGUAAAAGAAGAAGAAGCCACAGAUAAGAGUGAAGCAGAUCCAAAGACUGAAGAGGCUGAGGGAGCUCAAGUUAAGACUGAGGAAGAAACAAAAGAAGAGGUGAAGAAAGAGGAAACAAAAAAGGAACCACCAAAGAAAGAGGAAGUCAAAAAAGAGGAAGUAAUAAGAAGAGAGGAACCCCAGAGGAGGGAUGAUGAAAUUAAGGAGCGUGUACAUCCAUUAAAACUCUUAGAGAAUCAAGUGGUGGCUGAAGGAUGCGAAGAGGAGACCAUGGAAUCACUCUACGAAGAUAUUUCUCAGUUGAUCAACAUUCUAGAUCAGUCUUACACAUCGGAGGGUAAAGAACUAAGUGAGCCAGCAGGCCCAGAGAUGGAAACUUUGCAAGCACUCUUUGCUUCACGGGUAGUUUGGACCGUUCCAGUGGCUGAUGACGAGAUUCCGUCCUUCUGGUUAGUUCCUCCUGUGUUUGAAGAUGCAGAUGAAAUGGAAAUGAUACCAAGUAACCUUCUGGAAACAUGCCGUCAAUAUGCAGGAGACUAUGACCUCUUGGGAACUCUGCACAAAUUGGUGAAAGGUCAGGGGGCUCAAACACUUACACCACAAAAGUUAUGCAAAGCCCCACCAAGAUAUAAGCCCAGUGCAGCUGCAAUACGUCCAGAUAAGAGAGGAAGACCUUUUGUGGCGCCCAUGAGAGGUCGUUCAUUUAACCGAGGAAUGAAUUCAAGAAGUGAUCCAUUCCGCUCUCGCCCGCCAAACACAUCCAGACCACCCUCCCUUCAUGUUGAUGACUUUGUUGCUCUGGAAAGCACUGGUCAUCAGCCUACAGGACCCACAGGAUAUAACAAAAUUUCAUUUGGUCGUGGAAAGUUUUUGCUCGAUUCAAUGCGAGGGCGAGGAGGUCGAGGUCGUGGAGACAGCCGUGGAGGAGGUAGAUUCUUCCACAGGCCACCAUUCAGGCCAGACAUUGGAGUACGAGGAAUAAACCCCAGAGGACGAGGUAUGCCGUGGAUAUUCCGUGGUGAUGUGUCUCCAAGAGGAUUCAGGGGAGUGUCCAUGAACCCAGGACCAACUCGGUUCAUCAGAGGCCGAGGAAUGUAUAUUAGAGGUAACGGACAAGGAAUCAGUCCAAAGGAGAGAUUCCCACCGAAAUUUGUGGAACGUGGUGGAAGAAGAGACUUGAACGGUGGAAGGCACAUGAGGGGAGCAUUUAGAUGAGCCUGGCAUGAAAUAGCGAUGGAAAAUAUAUUUUAAAUUCAUUAAUUGUUUAUUUCCAGAACCAUUUCAAAGUUUAGUACGAGUAGUGAAGAUUUUUGUAUGUUUUAUAUAGUUAUAUUUGACGACCAACAUAAUUAUAUUUAUUUUUUAGUAUUUUGUUCCCGUAAUUUAGUAUGUGUUCAUUUUGUGGCCUGUAAAUAUUAAAUACAUGUGCAUAAUUUUUUAACGAUUAUGGAAGCCUUUCACCGUCAAAGGUUACAGAGAAUAUAUUGAUCAGGUAAGUUGGGUUGUUGUAAAAAAUCCAAGGAGUUUUUUUUACAAUUUUGGUAGGAUUUUACCUCUAACUACACAAUGAAUUUCCUCGUAAUUUAAUGAGAUUUUGCCUUUCAAAAAUCUCUGGAUGUCUGUACAAUAUAUUCAUUGGUGUAUGAGCUUCAAUAAUGUAAUGCAUCCAGUUUCAUGUAGAUUGGUGUUCCCUCCACACUUUUAAUCAGAUGUUUCCCAUUCCUUGCUCAGAAUUAAAAACUUAGACAUA